GCGGCGGCUGCCGAGAUUGGAAUCCGCCUGCUGGCGCUCGGCGAAGGAGGAGCGAGGAGGGAGGAGGGCGAGGAGGGCGGGGAGGGCGGGCAGGAAGGCUCGGACUCCGGCGUGUCCGUCCGCGCGAGACGAGGAUCGUACGGCCGCGCGAGGGGCGACCGGGCUGGGGCCGCUGCACGCCCCGGGCGGAGGCCGAGCCGGGCCCCCUGCCUCGCCCCCGCGCCCCGCCGCGCCCACCCCGCUCCGCGCCGAGAGCUGGAGGAUGAGUUCCCCAGGGUUCGGAUUUAUGAAAAUAUGCAUCAGUUUAAUACUGUCUUGGAAUUCAUGAGAUGGAAGCAUAGGUCAAAGCUGUUUGGAGAAAAUUGGAAGUACAGUUUUAUCUAGCCACAUCUCUGAGGAGUCAGGAAGAAAGCAGUGGAAGUUGGAGUCAUUGUUACGUGAUUGAGACUUUUUACAAGAAAAUCUGAUUGAAUAGAAGUCUUUUAAAUUAGUGACCAUACAAGACCAGUUUUUAAAGGUAACACUGGACAGGAAACGUUAAAAUUGAACAAUGACUCAGCUGUACACUUACAUCAGGUUAUUGGGAGCCUACCUGUUCGUCGUGUCUCAUGUUCAAGGGCAGAAUCUAGACAGUAUGCUCCAUGGUACUGGGAUGAAAUCAGACUCCGAUCAGAAAAAGUCAGAAAAUGGAGUAACCUUAGCACCAGAGGAUACCUUGCCUUUUUUAAAGUGCUAUUGCUCAGGACACUGCCCAGAUGAUGCUAUUAAUAACACAUGCAUAACUAAUGGGCAUUGCUUUGCCAUCAUAGAAGAAGAUGACCAGGGAGAAACCACAUUAGCUUCAGGGUGUAUGAAAUAUGAAGGAUCUGAUUUUCAGUGCAAGGAUUCACCAAAAGCCCAGCUACGCCGGACAAUAGAAUGUUGUCGGACCAACUUAUGCAACCAGUAUUUACAACCUACACUGCCCCCUGUUGUUAUAGGUCCGUUUUUUGAUGGCAGCAUUCGAUGGCUGGCUUUGCUCAUUGCUAUGGCUGUCUGCAUAAUUGCUAUGAUCAUUUUCUCCAGCUGCUUUUGUUACAAACAUUAUUGCAAGAGCAUCUCAAGCAGACGCCGUUACAAUCGUGAUCUGGAACAAGAUGAAGCAUUUAUUCCAGUUGGAGAAUCAUUAAAAGACCUUAUUGACCAGUCACAAAGUUCUGGCAGUGGAUCUGGACUACCCUUAUUGGUUCAGCGAACUAUUGCCAAACAGAUUCAGAUGGUUCGGCAAGUUGGUAAAGGCCGAUAUGGAGAAGUGUGGAUGGGUAAAUGGCGUGGUGAGAAAGUGGCAGUCAAAGUGUUCUUUACCACUGAAGAAGCUAGCUGGUUUCGAGAAACAGAAAUCUAUCAGACUGUGCUGAUGCGCCAUGAAAACAUACUUGGCUUUAUAGCAGCAGACAUUAAAGGCACAGGUUCCUGGACUCAGCUCUAUUUGAUUACUGACUAUCAUGAAAACGGAUCCCUCUAUGACUUCCUGAAGUGUGCGACGCUGGACACCAGAGCCCUGCUCAAGCUGGCCUAUUCGGCUGCCUGCGGUCUGUGCCAUCUCCACACAGAAAUCUACGGCACUCAAGGGAAGCCUGCAAUUGCUCAUCGAGACCUAAAGAGCAAAAACAUCCUCAUCAAGAAAAAUGGGAGUUGCUGUAUUGCUGACCUGGGCCUUGCUGUUAAGUUCAACAGCGACACAAAUGAAGUUGAUGUGCCCCUGAAUACUAGGGUGGGCACCAAGCGCUACAUGGCUCCAGAAGUGCUGGACGAAAGCCUGAAUAAAAGCCAUUUCCAGCCCUACAUAAUGGCUGACAUCUACAGCUUUGGCUUGAUCGUUUGGGAAAUGGCUCGCCGUUGUGUCACAGGAGGAAUAGUCGAAGAGUACCAGUUGCCGUAUUAUAACAUGGUACCCAGUGACCCAUCAUACGAGGAUAUGCGUGAGGUUGUGUGCGUUAAACGUUUGCGGCCAAUUGUGUCUAAUCGAUGGAACAGUGAUGAAUGUCUACGAGCAGUUUUGAAGCUAAUGUCAGAAUGCUGGGCUCACAAUCCAGCCUCCAGACUUACAGCUCUGAGAAUCAAGAAGACACUUGCCAAGAUGGUUGAAUCCCAAGAUGUAAAGAUUUGACAGAUAAAAGGUCAUGAGGAGAAAUUCUAGACUGCAAGAACUGUUUCACCCAAGGAAUGGGUGGAAUUAGAAUAGAAUGAGGAUAGUAACUUGGUUCUCAGACUCUUUCCUCACUACACCUUCACAGGCUGCUAAUGUUUCAGUACUCUGUAGAAUACAAGCUGGGAACUUCUAAACACUUCAUUCUUUGUAUAUGGACAACUUUAUUUUAAAUGUGGUUUUUGAUGCCUUUUUUUUUUAAUUGGAUUUUUAUGAACUGCAUCAAGACUUCAAUCCCAAUUAAUAAGUCUCCAGUCAAACUCUGGGUACUGAAUUACCUGUUCAUAAAAUGGUGCUUUCUGUGAAAGCCUUGAGAAGAUAAAUGAAUUCAGCAGAGAUGGAGAAAUAUACACGUCUGCCUUCUACCUGAAAAAAAUUUAAUCUAUUUGUAUUCUACCUUUGUAAAGCCUAUGGAUUAUGCUCUGUUUGGGAUACAGUACUGCUUAGCUUACGACAGUUUGCCAUGCCUUGGUGGUGUGUGUGUGUCUGUGUACAUACGUGCAUACCAGAGUUCCUCUGCUGCCAUUUGAAUUAGAAGAAGAUAAUUUGUGAAUGCACAGGAAGAUAUUGGUGGCUGUUGGUUUUGUGCUUUAAAAAUGCGUUAUCUGACCGAGAUUUGCCAAUCACAUAAAAGCCAUUUACCUUGCAAGUGAGCUAGCUUCUCCACCAACUUUAUUUUUUAACAUUAAAGUUAAUAUAAAGGCCAAAAGGAAUUAAAAGUGUAUGUAAAUUUGGACUGUUUUCCUCCCACCACAAAAUUUUUUUUUGUUAAUUGUUAUUAUUGUCAUGAAAAGCGUCCUGUCUAAAGUUGGAACUUCCAAUGCCAUGAACCUUCUAAAGAAAACACUUCUUAUUGAAGUGAAUACUGAUUAAUGAGUAUGAUAGCAAUGUAAGUGCCUAUAACCAUAUUCUGUAUUCUUUAUUCUCAGUAACUUUUAAAAGGGAAGUUAUUUAUAUUUCAUGUAUAAUAUGCUUUACUUGCAAAACACCUGCUCCUUUACAACCAUAUUUUAUACAUGUACAUACAUUCAUACUAUAGAAACCAGCUCAUGCGUACCUCAUAUCCCAUCCUUAAGGGAAAAAAAUUAAAAGAUGAUCAGAAAAAUAUAUAAAGUAGAAACUACAUGUAAAAUCUUCACAAUUAAUUCAAAACAGUAUAUCAAAUCUAGGACUUUGUUUAACGUCAGGUAUAGACUUUGAUUAAGAUGCCAUCAUCUCAGUUCUGUUUAUGAAGGGAUCUUCAAAUUAGAAGUUUCUAUCUCAAGAGUUAAUACACAUUGAUCAUCAACUAUUUGAGACAUUUAAAUCAUUUAAAAUUUUUAGUUCUAUGAUUUUGGUUUCAUAAGUUUGUGAAGACAGUGAAGAGUCAGGCAAAAAGUUUGGUAUCUAGUCAGUACCUAUAUCUAUACCGUACAGCUGUUAUUCAGUAACAUAUUUGAAUAUAAUACAUAUUUCAUGAGUGCCUUGUUUACCCAAGGAGUAACUCUGAUCUACUUAUUAUAUUUCUGUAAUGCUUUUUAAAUAUGACUGUCUUACUCUGAAAAAACAACUCAUGGAUGCAUAAAGUGAGAAUAUUCUUGAAUACAGCAUAAAAUAAAUGUGAUUAUUAUAACAACAUAGUGGAAAAAAACUUCAAAGUGGAGGAAUCAGAGCCCGUAUCUGUCCAUUACCAAAAAUGUGAUUGACAUUUAAGGAUGAAACUAUAUAUAUUGGUCAAAUUUCACAAAUUUGAAAUGUGCUUUAACAGUUUUGACCAAGUUUAAUAGUUUGCAUCUAACAUAACUAAAGUUUGGAGUGUUCAUCAAGAUAAGUAAAUUACCCAAUAACUUGCUCUUUGAGAAUGUUUUCCCCAUCACUAUACUGAGAAAUAUAGGUGUUUUAAUCUAACUUGCCAUGUAAUUUGAGAAUAAUUAUGAGCUCUGAUCUAAUUAGAGUUAACCUUGAUUUAUUUUUUAUUUGAUAACUAUAAAUCUUGAAAAUAAUUUGUCAUCCUAAUAAAGGAAAAUGUAAAGAAAGGUGAACUAUUCUUAGAAAUGUUAAAAUAUUAUGUGGAAGCAAAAAUUCCAGGUACUAUAUGACCAUUAUAAUUUUUUAAUUAAAUUGAUCUAUUAAAAAUAUCAAGGACUAACUGUAGAAACUUGUUCAAUAAAAAUAUUUUCUAACAAAAGAUGUUUUUUAAUAUUAAUGGUCCUUAAAGAGCAAAUGAUGUCAUAUUUGAAAUUCUAAAGUCUAAAAAAAGCUGCAUGAAACCUAUUUUUUCUCUCCUUUUACUCUUCUUAAGGUUCUGACUUCAUAUUUAAAGAGUAAAAGAGGAAGUAUUUCAUAGCACCAUAGAUAACUUGUAAAACCCUUGAAGUCAUUAUUUGGUCCUGCUUACAACUUAGCAUCUUAAAAAUUUGUAGCUUUUGUCCUCUCAUCCCUUUAAGUAAAGCAUAAAAACAAAAAACCAAAGCAACCUGAAUAUAACAAAACUUAAUCUUCCCUCAAAGAAAAGUCUCCUUAUGAAUUCUCUUUCUGCUGGUAAAUAUCUCUAGAAUCAAAGGCAUACUAGGAUUGACUUCAGUGUGUCUAUUCUAAGCUUUCCCUGUGUUUCUUAUUGGACAAGUUUCUGAAGCAUAAAAUUUGAAUCUGGUUUCUCUGGAAUUGUUUUCACAAAAGAUACUGCAAUCACCAUUUUAAAUUGCCUUUCCAAUUUCAGGAGUGUUUUUGACCUUAAAAAGUGACUUAAGGUUUUUGGAAAUGAUGUUUUCCUAGAAUGUGCCAGAUGUUUAAUUUAUUCACUGUAUAAAAAAAAUAUUUGGUAUCUGUUUUCCCCCAGAUGCUUUGCUUUUGUUUAGAACAAAAAUGCAAUUCAGUUUAAAGAAUCAUGCAUCCCUAAGUUGGCCCAAGAUCAAAUUUGAAUAAUUUAUUCCAGGCAAGAUUUUAUAAAUUAAAUUACCUGUGUUUCAUGUUGUUUUGAAAUGUUUCUAAAUAUCUAAGAUAAUUUAGACUGCAGAAAUAUGAGUUAAUUUUUUAAAAAGAUUGUUGCAGCUCUUGUACUGUUUAAAAGGGGUGAUAUUUAUUGGUUGCUUGGGUCAGACGUUAAAAUAGUAGUGUAGCAGUUCAUCUUCUUGCCUCAGUGCUGUUAUGAGAGUCCCAGUGAAAACCGCAGAGAGCGCUGACAUAUUCAUAAAAAUCAAACCUAGGGCCGCAUCACAUGAAGUUUCGUGUAAUGAUUGUCCCAUAAGGAAAGUAUGUGAAUACUGCUUUUGCAAAGGAUUAAAUAUAUUGUAAUUUUAGCUUGUGCUCUGUACUAUGCUUUCAAUGGAAUUAUUUAAGCCCAUUUGGUGACUGUUGUCCUUGCCCAUUUUAAAAACUAAAGUGUAGUAUAUAUUGUAUAAAAUGAAAGUAUCAUUAUAGCUUAAUUAGGAAAGUUGUACAUAAACACUGAAAAGGGUUAAAAACAGGCAGUUUUAUUAUGCAAUUGUAAAACACCAAAAAUAUAGAUUCAUCUUUGAUAUGUAAUACACUAAAUGUAUUUUGUACAGCAUCUGGUUUAAAAGGUGCCUUAUUAAGUUUACCAUUGAUUGCUUUGUUCUAUAUAUAGAUUACAUGCAAUGUAUCAUUUCUAAGUAAAUAACCUUAUUUUAGUAUACUUUAGUGAUGUGUUUUGUGAAACUCUGCUUUGACUAUCUUGUGUGUCAGAAGUUCGUGUCUGAUGAAAUAACAACUAAGUUAGUGUGCGUGCUGAUGUCCCUGAGAUGCACAUUUCAUCCACCAGAAACCCAGUAUGGGCCACAGGCAGGUAAGUGACCACACACUCUUUCCUUUAUGUAGAUAAAUUAUAAGAUGAAUUAUAAGCCUAUUAUAGCUGAGGGUUAUUUUCCUUAAAAUUUCUUUUCUAAUUCUAAAAAUAUGUACACAUUACAGAAAUUUAAGAAAACCUAGGAAAGAAGAAAGAAACAAAUGAAAUCAUUCAAAAUCCUAUUGCCAGAUAGUGCCGCUACUUACAUCUGAAUGUUUCUUUUCGAUCUUUUUUGCUGCUGCAUAUUGUUUACAAUGUUAAGAUCACAGUGUGUUGUUGUAUAUCAAUUGAAAAUAUAAUCUUUUAAAAAAUUGA